AUGACCCUUGUUCUCAGUUGUGACCAGCUGUACAUUGCCAGCGUGACGCAGCUCCCGGGCCUUCAAAAUCCCUCGCUGAGGCCCUCUCAGCAGCUGGCGGAAAACCGGCUGUAUCAGCUGCAGGAGGAUUUUCAAGCUCUGACCGAAAAGAUAACGCUGAGAAUGGAAGAAAUGGGCGAGCGCAUCGAUGACCUCGAGAAGCACGUUGCUGAGCUCAUGGCAGAGGCUGGGGUAGAAAACACCAGUGAAGACUUGAGACACUGAAAUGAGGCUGUGAUCAGGAAAGA